UCCCAGGAACGUGCAUCUGUGUGACUGCUCCGUCUUUGUGUCUCGGGGGAGCAGCAUGGAAAACCUUUGGCUUCUGCCCUCCGGCCCUAGCUCAGCCGCUCCGUGAGCAGGCGCAUGACAUGGCCUAUCUCCAUCACACCUUGCUUGCCUGCAUGGGCCUCCUCGCCAUGGCCAACGCAGAAGCGCCGCAGGAACAGGAUCCAUUCACCUACGACUACCAGUCCCUGCGGAUCGGAGGCCUUAUCAUCGCAGGGAUCCUCUUCAUCCUGGGCAUCCUGAUCGUCCUCAGCAAGCGAUGCCGGUGCAAGUUCAACCAGCAGCAGAGGACCGGGGAGCCCGAUGAAGAGGAGGGGACUUUCCGCAGCUCCAUCCGCCGUCUGUCCACUCGCAGGCGGUAGAGACACCUGGCGCCGUGGAACGAAGCCAGGUUCCCUCUGGCACCUGACACCUUGCACCCACCACCUGCGCGCCUACCAUCACCUCGGUUGCCCCCUCCCCAGCCCUGCCCAUCACCCCCUACCCCCCACCCCCAUCCUCGGUACCGCCCAGGCUUGCAAUAAAACGUGCUUCUCUCUCCCUCUC